AACUUUUUUUUUUUUUUUUUUUUUUAAGAAGAGCGCACUACGUAUGCCUGGUGUGAUUAGAAUGUCGACGUAAAGAGGCAAUGUGAUGUUAUCACUAGUGUACACGACAAACGUUCUUGAUACCCACAUCGAAACCCAAGUUGGCUCGUAGAAGAAUAAAAUUGGUUUAUAAAACUUUUUUUUUUUUAUGAAGAGUAGCGUUGAGACGAUGAAUGAGUCCGGGACCGAGAGAUCCGUUGGCAAAGGUCCGGGUCCGUGAGUCGGUUGACUCUACGGCGGUUGAAGGGACUCUGAUGCAGCAGGUAGCCAAGUCGGCUAUGUUGAGAAUGCGAGUUCGAGGCUAAUGCUAUGAAUGCCCUUGCCAUCGUCAAGGGUGUUCCAUUAGUGAUUAGCGAGAUCUCAUCGGGGAGACGAGUCUGCAGCUAGUGAGGCCAUGCCCCUUCUCUUAUACGCACUGGCUCUGCUCUGAUUCGCUGCAGAGUGGAAGGCGAGACCAUUCCAGAGCCGGUAGUGGGACCUAGCGGGUGCCGUGUUAAGUGCAGGUGGCCACCACAGACUAAUUACUUUUCUAAAUUAUGUUUAAUUUUCAAUUUACUUCUAUGUAGUAACUAGGGAUGAGCAUCAAUGGUCGAUAUUUAGUUAACAUGGAUGGUAGGCACCCGGUGUUCGAUGUUUUCAACAUCGAUGUUACUGUGUCCAUGUUUUAUAAACUUCCCUUUUUUUUAAGAACAGUGCACUAUUUAUGCCUGCUGUAAUUUGUAUGUCGACGUAAAGAGGCAAUGUGAGGUUAUCACUCGUAUACAUGAUAAACGCUCUUUUAUUCUUUUACAAGUUGGCUUGUAAAAUAAUAAAAUCGGUUUAUUAAACUUUUAACUGAGGAUGAGCAUCGAUGGUCGGUGUUUAGAAAGAAUCGAUGGUCGAUGUUUAGAAAACAUCGAUUGUCGAAGUUUAGAAAGCAUCGAUUGUCGAAGUUUAGAAAGCAUCGAUGGUCGAUGUCUAGAAAACAUCGAUGGUCGAUGUUUAGAAAGCAUCGAUGGUCGAUGUUUAGAAAGCAUCGAUGGUCGAUGUUUAGAAAGCAUCGAUGGUCGAUGUUUAGAAAGCAUCGAUGGUCGAUGUUUAGAAAACAUUGAUGGUAGGCACCCGAUGUUCGAUUUUUCAACAUAGAUGUUCCUGUGUCGAUGUUUUUUGACCAUCAUGGUGGGCUGUAGAUGUUUUAUAAACGCUUUUUCAGUUUUUCCUUCGUCCCACAUUUGUGGAUGGGGAAUGAAGCAUAUUCUUAUGAUUUGAAAGUUUCCUAUCCGAACUUGUCAGGAGUUGUUACCCAAUUUGUUGCCUUAGUUGGCACAUCUAUUCCCUCUGAACGAUUAUUUUACAAAAUUAUUUGGAAAACUAUAAAUCGCUUAGAAGGUAAAUUGGCAAGCUACGUUUUUUAAUUCCGUUCCGGGAAAGAUGUGGUAAUGUUUCAUUGAAAAAUUUAGAUAAAUUAAGCAUAUGGUAGAUUUUUAAACCUUUAGCUAUUUAUGGCUAGGGCUUUUUUUAUAGCAAGGGACAGGAAUUUGGUUUUGGUGGAUUACGGAUGUUUUCCGAAGUAACGAUGGGCGAAGAAAAAAACAGGGAUUUAUUGUGAUUAAAAUUCACAGUCACAAAUGCUUCAAAAAUAGACGUCUUUAAUUCAAAAGGGACCGAGAGAUAUAACUAUAAAUAGAACCAGAGGGAAAAAAAUUCUAAUAAAUGUUAUUUAAAUAAUAAACUAUGAUUUUUAUUAAUUAAGUUCGUAAUAAAGGUUAAGAAAUGGCGAAGUUUGAAAAAUUAACUUACGUUUCGAAACACAUAAAAAUAAUUUAUGCCUAUGAAAAAAUUUGUGGUUUUGAGUAAUGAGAACUCAUUAAACGAUCGAUGUGUAGACUGUGGGGUCGAUAGUUGUACCACCAUCGAUGGUGAGGUUCCGAUGUUUACGUAAAUGGCUUCUCUUAUUUGGCUUAUAGAUAGAGCUAUUUUUUUACCGCUAAGUCGCAAAAAUUAUGAAAAAAGAAAUAGAUGUAUAAAACAUCUAGCGUAUAAUUUUGGUUUUCUCCCAAUAUAAAAUAAUUAAAAACGGUUAAAGUGAUUGGCACUGGACAAGGUUACAAACCUACAAAAACAAAAGAACCCCCCUUGAGUUUUGUGCGAUUACUUACUUAGGUAAAGAAUGAAAAAAAAAUAGCAACGGAAUUGAAAAAAAAAAAAAAAAAAGGAAAAGGUUAGUUUUAGAAAUUCGAGCUCCUUAAGGGAUAUCUUAUCCAGACCAAAAGAUAAAAUGGGUGAAUGGUCUACCAGAGUUGUAUACAAAAUCAAAUGUGGAUGAAAUUGGUCAAACAGGUAGAACAUUAAAAAGUAGGAUAAAAGAAGACCUACCCACACAUCUAGCUCCCUAUCGGAAUUUAAAGACCAUAUUGUCAGAGAGAAUCACACCUUUAAGCCCGAGGAUAACACUGAAAUAUUACAUGUAUUAAAAAAGGAAAAAGAUUAUUUGGAGAUCGUGAGAUGUGGCGAACACAGAGAAUUUAGGUACUCAUCACACUGUUUUCAAUCUCUGAACAAAGAAAAACUGGACUAACGAAUGCCUUUACGAAUUUCUUGGGAUCAUAAAAAGUUGAUCUGGGCUGUUUAAUUUCAAAGAAAACCAUCAGUUCUACUAAUUCUCCUCCUCCCAACAUCCUGUUGUGCUUGGCUUUUUCGGGAUUUUUCAUUAGUAUUUCGUUUACCUUUCCCGAGUACAAUGGGAUCAAAACGAAUUGAAUUUUUAAAUAAGUUAAGAGACUCUGUCUACAAAGAUGGUCCAUCAACUUCUUGUUCUACUGAACGAAGAAAAAGUUGCAUCUCAGCAUGUGACAAAAAAUCAUCCAACGACACUGCGACGGAGAAUUCGUCGAAUUUUAUUUUAACAGAGUUGUAUCUCAGCUCAGAUGAUUCUGAUGUAGAUCCUAACUUUCUUCCUAAUGAAACCAUAACGGAUUCUGACACCGAAGUAGACGAAGACUCUCCAAAACAAUAUUCUAAGGGUAAAACUACGCCUACCAAUACCAAAGCUACUUCUGUAUUCGGAGGGGGCUCUCAUGCUACAGUUAACCCUCAACCAGAACUUCUUGCACCUAUUGAAGCGAUUGAUUCCUCUCAGCCUGCCAUUCCUGUUGCUGUUGAUUUCACUCAUAACGAUAAUAAUAAUAUGAUCAUUGCUGUAAGUAGCUCAAUUUCAAAUAACGUAAACUGCUCUGAGUCACCUAAGAAAAGAUACAAAGCCGAUCCAUCAAAAUGGAAACGUAAUAUAAACAGAUCUCUCCGUCUUAGUGGUCAAUCGUAUAUGACCGUAAAAGGAAAACUUAUUCCCGCAAAACCAAUGCAAGUUGCAAAUUGCGUUAACCGCCGGGGUCAUAACGGCUGCUUAGAGAUUCCUGAAGAAGGCCGGCAAGAAAUUUACAAUAAUUUUCAUUCUCUUAAAACGUUAAAAGAUCAGCGUGAAUUUUUCAUUAGGAACAUUCAAGUAAAUGAUCCAAAAAGAACUGUUUCUGGCAUUUCUCGGAACUUGAAAACAAGCGUUUAUGAGCUAACAUUCAAUAAUGAAAAAUACACUGUAUGCAGGGAGUUCUUUUUACGCACUUUAGGAAUUUCAGAAGGACUUGUUAGGGGUGCAUUCAAAAAGUUGAAUAGUAACGGAUUUUUGGAUCCAGAAAAUAGGGGGCGAAAACAGGGCUUUAAUGAGGCGCAGAUAAAUUUUAUCAAGGAACACAUCAAGGCAUUUCCUGCUGUCCAAUCUCAUUAUUGUAGAAAGUCGAGUGAGUUUAAAUACCUGAGUUCGGAACUCAACAUUAGAACCAUGUACAACUUAUACAAGGAAAAGUGUCAAGAACAAAAUCAGAAACCUGGUUGUUUUGAGACUUAUCGCAAGGUUUUCAGAACUUAUAAAUUAACCUUUCACAAACCUAAAAAGGAUUUGUGUAAAACUUGUGUGAAAUUUAAUGAAAGCAGCGAAAAUGAACAAGAACAAAAUCAAGCAGCACACAACGGACAUUUGGGUCGUGCCGAUUCCGCUAGAAUUAGAAGGGAUGAAGAUAAAAAAAGCAGGGGCUGAGGAUCCAAAAACUUUGUCUUUCAAUUUUGACCUCCAGGCUGUUUUAUAUACUCCAAAAGGCGCAGCUGGGCCUUUUUUUACGUUAGAAAGCUUGCUGUGUACAAUUUAACAGUGUUCAAUUUAGGCAAUGCCAAAGUAGACUGCUACACUUGGGAUGAAACAGAGGGGAAGAGAGGGAGCGUUGAAAUCUCGACAUCUAUAUAUAAAUACAUUUUAGAUCACCCUGAGAUAGCCCAUGUCCGAAUGAUGUCCGACAGUUGCGGUGGGCAACAAAAAAAUUAUCAUUUCUCUUCCAUGUGUUUUUCUGCUUUGGAAGCGCACCCUAACUUACACACAAUUGACCACGUAUAUUUCGAACCUGGUCAUUCGGAAAUGGAGUCCGAUUCGGUCCACUCCAAGAUUGAGACUAAGGCCAAAAAUAGACCAGUAUACAUACCCACUGACUGGGAACAAUUAAUAAGGUUGGCUCGUAGCAAACCCUCUCCCUAUAUUGUCAUUAAGCUUCAACACGAUGAUUUCCUGAAUUUUAAUGUUGAGCAAGAUCAAUUUGUACCUGAAAAAACAAUUGAAAAAGGUAGAAAGAAAAACAGUUCAGAUAAUAAUGAUGGAACCAACAUUGAUGGGAAUACAAAAAUAAAAUUUAAUGAUUGCGUUUGGUUUCAAUACCGUAGAUCAGAAAAAAAUAAAAUAUUUGUAAAGACAGAUUAUGAAGUCAAUGGUGAAUUCAUGACGCUUGUACGAAAACGAAAACGCGGACUUAAAAAAAUCGCUCCUGACGAUUUACUUCCACCACAUAUUAUACAAUACAAUGAUCGGCUCUGUAUCUCAGAUGCAAAAAAAAAAGAACCUGUUACAUUUCUGUGAACAGGGACUAGUACCCAGAGCAUACAAAAAUUUUUUUGAGCUACUUCCAUCAAACACUAGCGUGCCAGAUAGGCUAGCAGAACCGGAUGACAGCGAAGAAGAAGGUUAACUUUUUUAAUGUUUUUCAAUUUUAUUUACUUUUCAAUUCUUAAUUUUUUUUACUUGUAAUUUACUUUU